UUGAAUUUUAAAUAGUCUGCGCAUGCAUGCGCCAGCAAUGUUAUCUUUUUUACAACUUGAAACGAGUUUCUCAAAUUGUUAAUAAUACAAGAAAGAAAAAAAUUUUAUUUGUAUUGUAAAUCCACAGAAAAACAUUUUGCCACAAAAAUGUUGAAUCGAAUAGUGUUUUUCACGUUUUUAUAUGCGACACUAUUUGACGCAAUCUCCGAACAAAAUCCAAUAAUUGGCCAAACAGUUGACGUGGAAAGAGAUGAAUUUCAAAAAGAUUUUGGCUUUAUGGCAUCUUUGGGUGAUUUAAGCAUAUUAGGAGUGCAUAAAAAAUGGGAAAGCCACCAAUGUAGCGGCAUAUUAAUUUCAAAGAGACACGUUUUAACCGCAUCACAUUGUUUACAUAUUCAGGAAUUUCAUAAAAUCAUGGUUACAUUUGGAUCGACUGAUUUGAACUGUGGUAUUUCAUACGAAGUAAAAUCAUGGAUCAAUUAUACAAAUUGGGCUGUUUUACAUGGAAUAAAAGUUGUAACGGACUUACUUUUUUAUGAUGACAUCGGUAUAAUAAUGUUAUCUCAUGACGUAAACCAUAUUCAACCAGCUGUCAUUUCAAAGUUGAACGAUAACGAGGUUAUCGGGAAACAAGUUAUAACAGUUGGUUGGGGGAUCAUCGAUAAAAAGAAAAACAUAAGACCGAGGAAAAUGCAAAAGGUAUAUUUAAAUGUUUUGGAUUCAACUAAGUGCGAUAAUAUAGUUUGGGAAUCAUUCGGAUAUUUGAACGUAACGCAUUCAAAUAGAUAUUGCACACAUGCAGAUUUGGGGGCGUUUAUAUGCUGCGGUGAUAGUGGUGGACCACUUAUUUUAUAUAGUACUAAAGAAAUCGUUGGAAUUGUAAGCUAUGUUUUUGAAAGAAAAAAAUUUUUUAAGAAACGAGUAGUAGCAUCUGUGUACAUUAAACUCAAGGACUACGAACAUUUUAUUAAUGAUGUUAUCAAAACGUAGUGCAUUAAAAAUACGUAAGUUUAUAAUGAAGCAUUCUAUGAAUAUUAUAUGUGAAAAAAAUCAUUAUGAAAAUGAAAUUUACAAAAUACAAUUAUUAAUAUAUAGAUUUUUAUAAGCUGCUUGUUUAUCAUAUUUUUGAUGAGAAUAGGAAGCAUAAAGUUACUUUAAACAUAUUUCUGUUAUGAUAUCCUUAUUUGUUAUACAUAGGGAGCUGGAUACUUUACGAUUGUUAUUUCAAAUUCUAGGCCAUUGAUAAGCUUGCAGAUAGCUAAAUAUGUUCGACUUAGUCUUGUAAUUUUUCAAGUGUGACAAUUUUUUGUGAAUAAAUCUAAUUUUACACACAGUUACCUACACAUGUUCAAACACAUAUUAAACCUGUUGUAAUGCAAAAUUUGAAUGAUUGAAAAGUUAGUAGACAACAAAUAAUAGCUGCAGAUUGGGAAAAAAGUGAUGACAUGGGAAGUGAACGCAGUUUAUUUGUGAUCUGAUUGGCUGAAAAAUAAUUCUCGGUAUCAGCUGUGUAUGUUCACAAACUUACUCCAGAUUUUUGUAAAUGAUUAGACAUGUAAAUAGUGUAUCAGUAUA